UUUCGCGUUUGGAUCGUUCUUGGCAGCUAUGGAGAUCAAUGUGGUGAGGGAGACGAUGGUGAGGCCCGCGGAGGCGACGCCACAGCGGGUGCUGUGGAACUCCAACGUGGACCUCGUGAUCCCGCGCAUCCACACCGCCAGCGUCUACUUCUACCGCCCGGAUCCGAGCGGCGGCGAGGGAUAUUUCGAGGGCGGCGUGCUCCGCGAGGCGCUGGCCAAGGCGCUGGUGCCGUUCUAUCCCAUGGCUGGGCGGCUCAAGAAGGACGAGAAUGGGCGGUUUGAGAUCAACUGUAAUGGCGAGGGCGUGCUUCUCGUGGAGGCGGCGGCGGCCAAUGCGAGCGUGGAUGAGUAUGCUCGCGAUUUCGCCCCGGAUGUCUCGUUCCAGCGCCUCAUCCCUUCCGUGGAUUACACCCAAGACAUUGGCUCCUUUCCACUUCUCGUUCUUCAGAUCACUCGCUUUAAAUGCGGUGGAGCCUCUCUCGGCGUCGGAAUGGAACACCAUGUCGCGGACGGCAUGUCUGGGAUAACUUUCAUCAACACCUGGGCUGCUAUGGCCAGGGGCGAGGAUCCAAAGAUCGUUCCAUACAUCGAUCGGACGCUGCUCAGGGCGAACAAGCCACCGGUCCCAAAGUUUCCGCACGUCGAGUACCACCCUCCGCCGCUUCUCAAGCAGGCAGCGGCCACGAACGGGCACUCGGUCUCAAACGGAAAAGCAAAGCCUCACACCGGCGACGAUGCGCCUCCCAGGAUCGCAGUAGGACUUUUCAAGUUUACGAAAGAACAGCUCCAGGCCUUGAAGAGCCAGGCCACGGACGAAGAGACCAACACCACGUACAGCAGCUACGAGAUGCUGUCCGGCCACAUCUGGAGGUCCAUGUGUCUCGCUCGCGGCCUCGACGACGACCAAGAAACCAAACUUUACAUCGCCACCGACGGGCGAGCGAGAGUUGUGCCGCCGCUUCCAAAGCACUACUUCGGAAACGUCAUCUUCACUUGCACGCCGAUGGCGCUGGCCGGAGACCUGGUGUCGAGGCCACUCUACUACGCGGCCAGUGUGAUACACAAUGCGGUGUCCAGGAUGAACGACGAGUACUUGCGCUCGGCGCUCGACUACUUGGAACUCCAGCCGGAUUUGUACAAGCUUGUGAGGGGAGCUCACACUUUCAGGUCGCCGAAUCUGGGGAUCACGAGCUGGAGCCGGCUGCCGGUUUACGAUGCGGACUUUGGAUGGGGGAGGCCAGUUUUCAUGGGGCCGGCGGUGAUCGCGUUUGAGGGCCUGGUUUAUGUUCUUCCCAGCGGGACAGGGGAUGGCAGCCUCAGUAUCUCGUUGGGGCUGCAACCGGAACACAUGCCACGAUUUGAGCAGCUCAUCGGGCAAAUCUAGAGUCGAUGGAUGGCAUGCUAAGAUUUCUGUGAAAUGCAGGCUCCGCCAAACCUUUUUUUUAUCUGCUCAACAACCAGCCAUGGAUUCUGUGUAAUCAUUUAAGGGUUGGUAUGUAGAAAAGAGGUCAAGAAGCUUGCUGGGCUCCUCCAUGCUGUUGCCACAGAGUCUGGACUCCUUCCCAAGCAUGGGAAAACUACUGGGGAAUUCUGAACUGGGUUGUUAUUUACAUCUUUGAGAUGGAUGGAAAAA